UAUUCCAAGAAAAAUGAGAUGUCAAUCCUGCAACAAAACACACUACUUGAGAGUACAGAGAUUCGAGAGAGAGAGAGAGAGAGAGAGAGAGAGAGAGAGAGGGGGUUCAAAAUCAAAGAUCAAAGAGAGAGAUAUAUAUAUAUAUAUAUAUAUAUAUAUAGAGAGAGAGAGAGAGAGAGAGAGAGAGAGAGAUUUUUGUAGAGAGAAUGGGGGAGAGUGGCAAUUUGCGCACUAGGGUGGUGUUGACGUUGUUGAUGCUGUGCUUGACGAGUUAUCUUAUGCCGGUGGGUCAGGCGAUAUGGUUGAAUUUGCCGCCGACGGGGACCAAGUGCGUGUCCGAGGAAAUCCACAACAACGUUGUCGUUUUGGCCGAUUACGUCGUCAUUUCCGAGGAUCACACCCGCGCCACCCCCACCAUCUCCAUCAAGGUAACAUCACCAUAUGGAAACAAUCUUCAUCACAAAGAGAAUACGACACACGGUCAAUUUGCAUUUACAACUACGGAGGCUGGCAACUACCUGGCAUGUUUCUGGAUGGAUGGUCAUAAUCAAGCAGGUGGUGGUGUAAGUGUUAACCUUGACUGGAGAAUUGGCAUUGGAGCAAAGGAUUGGGAAUCAGUUGCAAGAAAAGAGAAAAUUGAGGGUGUGGAGCUUGAGUUGAGAAAGCUUGAAGGAGCAGUGGAGGCCAUCCAUGAAAAUCUACUGUAUCUCAAAAGCAGAGAAUCGGAGAUGAGGUCGAUGAGUGAAGCAACAAAUAGUAGAGUGGCAUGGUUCAGUAUUAUGUCCUUGGGAGUCUGCAUUGCCGUUUCAGUGCUGCAGGUAUUGCACUUGAAGCAAUUUUUCCAAAAGAAGAAGCUGAUUUAGACUUUUUGCUGAUCUAAUUAUGUAUUCUGUGACAGGAAAUUUUAGAACCAAAUUUUUUUUUUUUUUCAAUUAUGGAGGAAAAUUUUCAUACCAUUUUAUGGAGUAUCCAACUUUUUCUGUUUAAAAUAACUAUAAAAAGUUUAGUUUUCAUCA